CAGGUGAAGACACUUCUCGUGAGAAGUAAAAGUUGAAAUACCUAACAUUGAAAAAUUCCGUGCACUUUUAUGCAGUGUUAUUAAACAUAGUCUUAACGUCAAAUUGUGUGAAUAGUAUUGUGGAACAUAAAUUUAAUUGGCAUUAAGCAAUGUGUCCGUUCAGAUAUCUUUACCACGUCUUACUUUUUAUUUUGUCGAAUGCAUUUUUGACAAGUUGUGUCGAAUGGAAGUCAACAUUUGACCCGAAUGCGAUAACAAUAAAGACUGCAUCAAGCAGAACAGUUCGUGUCAUCUUAUCAGAGGUUCCCGAUGACAAAGUAGCUUUAUUAAACGACAGAGAUUAUGUACAACUAAGAAGUGAAAAUGAAGACUUGGCAACAGUAAAGAAUCAGCAAAAUGUGAGAUUUUUUGAAGUCGAUAAAGGGAAUCGAUCAUGGGAUGCGUUCUUUGAUGUAACUGGAGUUUUUCUAGGUCAAACGAGAGUUUUUGUGGAGAUAAAAGACCGCAACAACCAAACAGAGAAAUCAAAUGAAUGGCUCGAUGUUACAUGUUUACGACCACAACGUGUAAUCGACAGAGUGUUCACAUAUUCGGUUGUAAUCUUGGUAACAGUUCUUUAUAUCAAUUUCGGUGCUGCUAUCAACAUGUCAACGAUUAAAGAUAUCAUGAGAAAGCCCAUCGGCCCUGCAAUUUGUUUUGCUUGUCAAUUUGUAUUCAUGCCAUUGGCCGCUUACGGUUUAGGACUUGCUCUCUUCCCAGAUUUUCAUGAACUAGCGUUAGGAUUGUUCUUCACUGGAAUAUCGCCAGGCGGUGGUGCUUCAAACAUGUGGACGUUACUCUUAGGAGGGAACAUAAACUUGUCAAUCGCUAUGACGACAAUCAGCACUUUAGCUGCAUUUGCAAUGAUGCCACUUUGGAUCUUUACACUUGGCAGUACAAUAUUUGAGAGAGCUGAGUUGGGUGUUCCCUAUCAACGCAUAUCAACGAUGGCUGCUGGUCUUUUAAUACCAUUAGCAAUUGGGCUUCUUAUUCAAAGAUAUAUGCCAAAAAUAGCGAAGAUUUUAGUUCGUAUUUUGAAGCCCUUGUCACUUAUUUUGAUUCUAUUCAUUGUCAUCUUUGCAAUUGUCGCAAAUUUAUACAUCUUUCAAUUAUUUUCAUGGCAAAUUAUACUUGCUGGUCUUGGACUUCCAUGGCUUGGUUACAGCUUUGGUUGGCUUUCAUCAAAACUUUUCCGACAAUCAUCUCCUGAUGCAAUUGCAAUUGCUAUCGAGACUGGAAUUCAAAAUACAGGAAUCGCAAUAUUUCUUCUAACGUUUUCACUCGAACAACCGAUGGCUGACUUAACAACUGUUGUGCCAGUGUCUGUCGCAAUAAUGACGCCAUUCCCAUUACUUACUAUUUUAAUCAUUCAAAAAUGCAAACAAUUAUGUUCUCGUAAAGAUUCGAAGCUGCUGAAUCAUUCUGAAAGAUUGGAAUCGGAACAAAACUCAUCAUUAUCAUAAGCAAAUGAUAUUCUCUAAUAUUUUAUACCCAAAGUGCCUUAUCUUGAUGUCUACUUUUGGUGGAAUUGGAAAGAAUUUCUAUCAUUCUAUAGUUUUUUAUGUAAAACUCUAAUUGUUGGUAAUCGGAAUAAAUUUUAUUGAAACUUAAACACAAUUUUUG